UCUUUUUUUUUUUUUUUCCCACCAGGGGGUCUUUUUGUGGCUCUAGUGUCCCUUAUUCAACAGUGGGCUGACAGGAAGGGGGAAGACAUGUGGCAAAUGUCGUCAGGUCCGGGAAUCGAACCCGCGACGGCCGCGUCAAGGACUGAGGGCCUCCAAACGUGGGGCGCGCUAACCUCUACGCCACCGGAGCACGCCCCCUCCGGGUCUUUUUUACCAGAUACGUCCCUGUAAAUAUAACUCACUGCCUCUCAUUUCAUCAACGCUUCCUUUAUGAUUACAAGGGACGUAUAUUAUAGAUGCACAGUGUGCUAAAUUCAUUUGACCCCCAAAAACCAAAUCUGGCAGCAUAAACUGUAGUGGAUUAAAUGUAUUGUUUGGGUUCUCAUCAACCUCUAGAUAUGUCGAGUAUAGAAGUUACAGAGCAAAUGUCUGGCAGACGGCAGUCAGAGCUGCAGACGGAUGGAAGACCCCGGGGUUUAGCCCUGAAGAAAACAUGAAGGCGGAGCAGCAGGACCUCCGUCCCCUCAGGACGACACAUCAGACCGUCAGAUCCUGGAGACUCUGAGAGUAAAACCCAGUUCAACAGAACAGUGAUUGGACCCAAGAGCGAAAAGCUGAAAGGUCUGCUUGGGUUUAGGUGGACUGUGUUUGUCCACGCAGAUCAGAGCUGAUGGAGCAUCAGAGUGCAGAUCUGCAGCUGAAGCAGUGUGUGCUGCUUCUGGGUCACAGCUACACAAACACACACUGCAGCAAUAAUCUGGGUUAUGUUUCCUUCUAUAAAAGGAAAAAUAUCGGCAUCAUUUGCUCAUAAAUGUUUGCAGACUGCACAGGUGGAGGUAAACCCACAGAGUCCAGCAGAACCUCGGGGAGGAUGAGCUGCUGGUCCGGUUCAGAGGCCGUCGCUGCCAGGCGGAGCUCAUUCACCGCCAGGCUGUGUGGAAGUUGAUUAAAGCCUUUAAACCAGACUUUGGAGCGUUUUAGUCUCAUUCCUAUUACAGUAAAGGAAAUGGGAGCCAAGUUAAAAUCUUUCUUCUAUAGUUUGGGUCGAUUUUUCCCGUUUCUGUUUGUGUUAUGCUAAUAGAACAAAGUAUAAACCUGGGAUCUUUUGAGUUUAUCAAUAAAACUGAAUUUAAAAAAUCAGUUCCUUCGUGUUUUGUUUUUUUAAAUGUGAAUAGUUUUUUUGUUUAUUUGUUUUUUUUAUUGUAGUCUGAAAUAUGCAGCAGAACCAGUUUAUAAAUGUUUAAACUAUUUUGGUUCUGUGGUUCUGUCCCAGUCCAGGCUGGGGUGGCAGAGCGCCCUCUGGAGGUUCGCCUGUAAAUCUGCAGCUGGAUUAAAUCCUCUCAGGACCUCUGGAUCCCUCCUGAACCCCCUGGAUCUUCUCGGACGGGUUUGUCCUCCAGAUUUGCCCUCAGUCUCAUUAACUGAAUGUUUUCUCUGGGAAUCAGGAGAUCUGUUGGAUCUCUGCUUCCAAGGUCAGAAUCUGUUCUGGACUGGCUCAAAGCAAUCAGUAGCUCUCAGAAUUUCUUUACAGGUCAAAGUUCAUUUUAUAGCGCUGGAUCGGCCCACUUGCAGUACCGCAACUUCGUCACGCGGUGGCAACAGUGAGGCUAUCAGGAAGCGAGAUACCCCGCAGAAACAAAGAAGAAGGGUUCAGUGUGUGUAUGGUUCGGAGCCGAACUCGGGACCACAGCUUUGAUAAAAUAGUAAUCUGUGUUUUGUUGCGGACCGGAACCAGUUGUGGCUUCCUGCUGCUUGUGAAGCGCCGCACCGACCCGCAGCUCCCCGCGCGGCCUCAGUGCAUCUCUGCGGGAGAAGAUGUUCCGCGGCCGGCCUCCGUUUAGAGGCUACCCGCCUCCUGCGAGGCCUUACCCGUCACAGGGAUAUCGGGACGACCGGGCCCGACCGAGACCUCCGUACCACCAGGACUACCCGGAGUACCGGGACCACGGAGCUUCGGAAGCCUACCACAGGAGGCACCCGUCCCCCGGCCCCGGAGGCCACCGCGGCGGGGACUUUUGGACCGGAGGUCCGCCUCCUGAGAGGUCUCCGUCUCACAGAGGACCAGCUCACCUGGACCACAACCUGGUCAUCAGCGUGGGGAAAGAGCAGACUGGCCCCCCGCCCUACCACGACAGAGAUUACCUUCCCCGACCUGAAUAUGAGCGGAGUGGUAGCAGGGGCCGAAGUCCAGACAGGAGCCGGGGACGCAGCAAGAGUCGCCACCGUGGAGAGAGUCGGAGUCCAGACAGGAGCCGGGGACGCAGCAAGAGUCGCCACCGUGGAGAGAGUCGGAGUCCAGACAGGAGCCGGGGACGCAGCAAAAGCCGGGCCAAGAGUCGUGGGCGGAGCAAGAGUCGAGCACGCAGCAAGUCUAGAUCCAGGUCCAGAUCUCCGGGGAAGAGCAGAGGAAGGAGUCGUAGUUUCAGCAGUUCAAGCUCCAACAGCUCAAGUUCCAUCAGAGACAAGAAUGAUCCGUCCAGGAAGCAGUUUAAAGAGCUGGAGCUGGCCCGACGCAAGAGGGAGGUAGAGGAGCUACUGGGUCAACCUACCAAAUCCAUCCUGAAGAAGCACAACAGUUACGAAGACUCGCCGUCUUUUCGGAGCUCCGACUCGCCCAGGGAUCUGGACCGGACCAUGGCUCGUGUGGCCGACCAGCUGAUGCAGGCUGUUAAGCUGAACGACCCGCGUGCCGUGGCGGCUGUUCUCUCAGAAUUGCGGUCCGACCCGCAGAUGUCUCAGCGGGCCAACCUCAACAAUGAGAUCAAAGAAAUCCUGAACCUGUUGGGCGUGGCAGAGGCAGUGGGUGGAGUUUCACAGAGAGUCCUGGAUGAUAUCGAUGAUGAAGAAAAGUUUCUGUAUGGAGAAUUGGAGGAGCCCAGAAUGUCAGCGGCACCAGAGCCAGAGCGACAUCACAGCCUGGAUUUGUACGGAGACGUGACGGAAGACUCUCUGUAUUCUGAUCUGCCCUCGCAAAGAGCCAUGACCGGUCAGGUGUACAGCUGCCCUCCAACCAUUUCACCUCAUCUUCAGGUCACUCCGUCUGUGAGUGAGCCAAACAGGCACAUGAGUCAACCCAGCAUCAACCCCGACCAGAAUGUCAUAGCCUAUCCUCCGGGAACAGAGCCACUGGAGGAGAGUGAGCGUCAGGCGUUGGAGGAGUACGAGAAGAUCCAGGACCUCCUGAAAACCAUCGGACUUGACCUGGGCGUUGGAGAGAUCAGCAAGAUGGCUGCCAGGACCAAGGAGCGCCUCCAUGGCAACAAGCAGCCUUCGAAGACACCCACACGGCGACAACGAUACUCUUCCGGCAGCUCCAACGGCAGCCGCCAUAGCCGAGGCCGGAGGAGGCGGAGCGAGAGCGGCAGUUCAAGCAGCAGCAGAAGUCGCAGUCGCAGUCAUGGGCGGGGCACCAAACGGGGGGGCAGCUGGAGCAGUGAGGACCAUGAGGCCAAGAAGACCACAGCUGCUAAAACUUCCAAAGAUUGGGAGGUCAAGGAGACAAAGAACGAGUGGAGUACACCAACACUGCCUCAGAGUCAGACCUCUGAUCCCGCCCCCAUCCCAACCCACACAGGCAUGCACAUUCCUACUUACCCUCCCCCACAGCUCCCUGGCAUGAUGCCCCCAAACUACCCUUCUUCAGCAUACAGCCAGUAUGGAAACUACCUGCCCUACAUCCAUCAGCAGUGGCCCCCCAUGUACCCACCGCCUAACAUGGCCCUGCCCCAUCAGCCUGCCAGAGAGAACCUCACGCCACCUCCCACCUACAAAAAGGCUUACAGAAAACCCACCCCAGAGACGGGGGCCUUAGGUUUUGCAAGGAGUGUUGGUCAGGAAGAGCAGCAGCGGCGGAGGAGUCAGGACCAGAACAUUUCUGAUGAGCAGAACAACGAGAGCGAGAAAUUAAAGGUUCUGGAGGAGCGGGAGAAGCUGAGGCAGGAGCGGGAGGUCAGAAUGACCAAGAAAGAGUAUCUGAUAAAGGAGCUGGAGCGGCUCAGGAAGCAGCAAGGCGAGCUGCUGAGGAAGAAGCGCCGUGAGAAGGACGGCCAUAAGGACCCCCUGCUGCAGGAGAUAAACCGCCUGCAGGACGAGGUCAUGGCGAAGAUCUCCAACCUCCGCAAGGAGCACGAGGCUGCUGAGAGGAAGCGCAGCGAGAUUGAGAAAGUCGCGCAAAUCCUUGGCCUGAGCCCUUUAGAUCGGCCCGGCAAGAUCAGUAAGCUGCCUAAAAUCCGGGACCAGGAGGAGUUGCCUCCAAAGAGUGAGGAACAGGGGAGGAACUCAGAGGAGCAACCAGCUGCCGGCAGCGCCGCAUUAAAGGCAACCCCGGCGACUUCGACAAAGGCCUCGCCAGAGCGGCGGCUCUCUGCCGCUGAGGCUCCGCCCCCUGACCCAUUUGAGUAUUAUGACGCUGGGAACCACUGGUGCAAAAACUGUAACAUCACCUCUGGUUCCAUGUUUGACUUUUUCACGCACUUACACAGUAAACCCCACCGGAAGACUUUGGAUCCGUACGAUCGGCCCUGGGCCUCCGGUCCCUCCAAGACCCCUAAGACCACCGCCGGAGACGCCAAGCAGACCAAACCAGCCAAAGGGUCGGAGUUCCUGGUUCCUGUCAGAGGGUUCUUCUGCCUGCUGUGUAAGGAGUUUUAUGGCGACGCCAUCUGUGCUGAGGAACACGUCGUCACGCAUUUUCAUAAUGAGAAAUACAAGAAACAAAUGUUGGAGAAUCCGCUGUAUGAGCAGAGGAGGAACCUGGACCGCCAGGCGGGCCUGGGUUUGGAGCCAGGCGGGAAGAAACGCAAAUAUGACGAGGAUGAUAAAGACAGAGAGGAAAAGAGCAAAAACAAAAAGGACAAAAAGAAGGAAGAGGAGGCCGCCGAGACCGGCGACGAAAAGAUCAAAGUCAAAAAAGAAGAAGAGGAGCAGAAAGUGAAGGCAAUCAGAAAGAGCCUGGAGGAAGAAAAGUUUUACAGCAAGAAUGAGGAUGAAAAGUACAAACACGGCAAAAAGGAGGAGAAACACAACAGCAGAGAGAAUGAAGACAGGAACAGCCGGUACAGAGGCAGCAGUCGAGACGAAGAGUAUCGGCACCGCCAUCGCAGGGACGACGACGGCCAUCCAAAGUACGGCAGUAAAUACACCGAGGACAAAUACAAGCAGGAGAAAUGUUCAGAUUCCAGAUCUAAACAUGACCGAGAUGAAGGGAAGCAAAAAGCCGAGGCUGAGAAACCAGGAGGGAAACCAGACGUCAGGAAGUCUGAACCUCCGCCAAAACCCUACGAGCUGCCCAAGAUCUUCUGUGGGCCGAGUCCGGCCAUGAGGGCGAAGCUCCGCAAGCAGGCCAUGGAGGCCAGCAAAGCACCGGCCUCUGCAGGCACCGCCACUUCGUUUGGGAAGUUCACAUGGAAGAAGAAGGAGAACCAGCUGGCAAAGGAAGCCCAGAAAGUUGCAGCAGAGUUCCUCAAGGACGAAGAAGCGGCUGCAAAGGGGAAGCCAGGUGAAGAAGAGGACUCCUUGUCGAAGUCAGUGGCCGCUGCCAAAGAGAUUGCUGAGAAGUUGGCCGGCGAGGAGCUAAAAUCUCCACCUUGGUACGCGUCUGGUCGAGGACAGAUCCGACCAAACCUCCGUGCUCCUGUGGCUCCGCUGAGGAGAGCUUCCCUGGCAGGAAAACCUGCAUCCCUUAACACAUUUCUGAACAUGAGACCCCAAAGCACCGAUGGAGGUCCACCAGGGCCUUUUCCUGGGGCCCCUUUCAGGCCCCCAAACCCACAGAUGUUCAACAACAAACCCGGGCCUCCAGUAAGCUCUGCUGGACCGUUGGGGGCAAUGUCUGCUGCUCCCAUGGUGACUGGAAGAGAGCAGUUCGGUCCUAAACUCCCCCCUUCGAUGUUGAAACCUGAACCGUGUCAGAAUACCUGUAAGCCUGAUUCAGCUGAGUCAAAACCUGUCAUGAAACAAGGGCCACUGUUCCCUAAACCCACUCCGGUCCAGUCAAAACCUGCAACAGGACAGAGUAGUCCUUCAACAACUUCCCCUGCAUUGUUAAACACAGCAUCCUCAGAAACUCUGUCUGCUCCAUCAGAGGUUAAAGCUACAACUUCUCUGGCUCCCACUGCUCCACCCAAAGCUCCGCCUUCACAACCAGAAUUGAUAAAGAUUGUGUCCGACGUGGCGGCUCCUGGCGUCCCAGAAAGUGAGCAGACUCGCACCGUGUUCGUGAAGCCACCUCCUUUCAAGAGCAUGCUAGCGGGGCCUCAGAAGUCGGAGAAGCUCCAGGGCAACCUGGCUGCAGCCAAGGCGCAGGCCUUAUUUGACAUCUUCUACAGCAGCCUCGGCCAAGCCGGCCCUUCCUCUUUCUCCAAAACAGAAACCGACGUUAGAGCUGCUAAAAGUUCUCCUUCAGUCCCCGUCCAAAAUAAGAAUUUGCCCCAAAAUAAACCUGAACCCCAGAUCCAACCACAAGAUCAACCCCAACAACAAACCCAAACACCAAAUACACUCCCAACUCAGACCCACAACCAAUCACAGCCCCCAGAUGGACCCAGACCCCAAACACAAGAAAUGGCUGAAUCCCAACCUCAGAUUGAACCACAACUCCAAAUUGAGCCUCAACCCCUAAAACACACACAACCACAAGCUCAAGAUGAACCACAAGCUCAAGAUGAACCACAACCUAAGGUCCAGUCACCAAAGGUACAUCAUGCUCAGUCCCCCAACGAACCACGACCUCAACAACAAACCCAACAAAAACAUGAAUCUCAACCCCUGGAUCAUUCUCUACAUCAGGUGGAGCCGUCACACCAACCUCAAACGGCCCCCCAACACCGUUCUCUGUCGCCCUCCUCUACCGGACCUCCACAUACAAUAGCAACUCCUCCAAAGAACGGGUAUCAAAGCACACAAACCCAAGCUGGUGGUGACAUUCAGAUCACCUCCGUUUGGUCUCUUCAUGACGUUGCAGCUCCGACAGCGAAGGCUGCAGGCCCUGAACCAUCUGACCCACCGCCUCACCCAGAACAGACUCUACCAGAAGGAUUGCCUCAAAGUCCACCCACUAGUCCUGGACGUAAAUCUCAAAUCUGCCCACAGACGAAACUCGUUACGAUGGAACCAGCAGCCGAGCCACCGUUCCAGUUUGAACCCCAAUUAGACCAGAAUGCUAAUUCACAUCAAGAGGCGACUCCAGAACCACAGCCUAAACCCAAACCAAGUCCUAGAACCAGAGGUAAGGCAGCAAUGACGAAGAAGACCCCUUCUGCCGCUCCGGUUCGUCAGACCCGCUCCCAGACCCGAUACCAGACCCGUCAACAGCAGAGUCAACCAGAACCUGAACAGGACCCAGGCGCAGGGAACCAGGACACCACGGCGUCAGAAGCUAAAGGUCUGGAGUCUCCUGAUCCGGACAAAGAGACGGAUCCUCCAGGGACGGAGGUCACCCCGGAAACCUUGGGUCUCCCUUCAGACAUGACCGCCCUGGACUUUGACUACACCUUUAACUUUGAGUAGGGGGCCAGGUUCCCAGUUAUUUACAGGACUGUUUAAACACCAGACUGAUGUGGAGAUCUGACCCCCGGCUCUACGUCAGACUCCUUGUUUUCCACCAAUAAGACGUUUUAAUUUCCUAAAGUCUCUGCAGGUUUCUGUGGUUUGGAUUUAAAGUCACGUUCCUCUUUAGAUCUAGACGCCAGCGGCUCUCGUGUUCCUGCUUGUUUCUCCUCCGUCAUGCUGAAGCUGUAAUAUUUGUUUCUUUCAGCAGAGUUUUAAUAAAGGUUGGCAGAGAAUGUUCUGAA